CGUGGCUCGAGUGUUUUGGUGUUGUCGGUUGAUGAUAAGCAAUCCCCACACAUAAAUUCUUUCCUAUAGCAAUAAACAAUACUAAAAGCCUGAUAAGGAAUGUCAGUCACUGACCCGUUAAUAAAGGAUUUAAAAGGUUUCGUUCAGCAUUUUUUAACACUCGCUAAUGAAAACGUCAAAAUAGUGGACAACGACUUUUACUUCGUCUCAUUUGCCCAAACUUUGGAGAAAAUUUUCAAUAAAGGCAUCAUCAGGCAACAAAAUACGAAAUAUUUCAACAGAACUAUCGAUCCUUACGUUUGGAUGGUGAGUCUAGCUAAAUCCAACGCCGAAGCAAACUUGACCUACUCAAGCUGCGUUGAAAACGUAAGAAUUAGAAAAGACAUUCAAAGUAACGAUGGGAGGUUUAGGCUUCUGAUAAAAUAUUGUUUGGCAAGGAGAAUUGUGCAUGUACCGGUGGAACUGUUGGUGAAAACUAGAGAGGUGCAUUACUUGUAUUCGACGGAUUCAAUCAUCGGAGACGAAAUAUUAUCGGAAAUAUUUCUGUCUGCAUUGAAACCGGUCUCAAAAAUACCAUUCAUUUUUAAAUUAACCAACUCGUCGUUUUUAGACUGCACUUGGUAUAUCCCGAGAAUAUUGGAUUUUGAGUUAGUACCGUGCAAAAAUUUGGGAAUCAGCGUGAGUUUUUCGCAAGAAAGGGCCGUUAUAGUCGACGUCCAGCCAAACAGCGUCGCCGCCGAAUAUGCAGGCAUCAAGAUCGGUGACGUCUUAGACAAAUUGAAUGGAAUUCAGAUUGACUCGUCAACAAAAGGUCGUUUAGGAGAAAUUAUGAAACGCAAUAAAAGCAAACCGGUAUCUAUAAAAAUCGUCAAAGCUUACGAUACGGAUUCCAACUCCAUUUUCGAACCAAUAGAGAAACUGUUUAAAGAGUUGAAAAUUGAUGUUGCACUGGUGAAGAGGCAAUACUGUGAUAAUAAAAUCGAGAAAACUACCACUUCUUCAUCCAGCGUAUCUGGGUUUGCAGUUAAGUACUUGGCAAAGAUGUGCGUUGGGUCAUUGGGCAGCGUUAGACAAAUUCAAAAGGCAUUAAAGUGUUUAAAAGACAACCGAUCGUUCGAUGAUAUAACAACGAUCGAAAGAUUUGCGGUGAACGUCGGACUAGAAAUCGGCGAAAUGGGACUUAAAUUGAGAGACAAGGAAAAAGCAGAAGUUGUUCUGGAACAUUCGUACAUGAAAAUAUCUGCUUGCGGGAAUAUACCGUCUAUGCCAAAGCUGUUCGGUUACUGCGCCGGAGAAGAAAAUUGCGACGUUGCCGACAGAUUUUGUUGUUAUAUUUUCGAAGCCUCUACCAACGAACACUCCGAGACGAUCUUGCAAAGCAUAGGACAAGGAUUUCAUAGGACUCAUUAUGCAGUUUAAUUGUAUACUUGAAUCUUGAUGAUACUAUUCGUUUACAUUUGUAUCGUUUUAUUUAGCUGAGAAAUGUACAUUGAAAAUUAUUGUAUUAAUUUAUGACAUGGUG